GGUUUUAUCGGGAUACAGCCUGUAUCGUAGGCGAGAAUUAACAGCACUUGAGUUGAGAAGGGGACCAUAACGCCUGAUUUCUUUUUGGUGUAACGUUGUACUACCUUGUGUGAACGGGUUAGAAGGUUUAAAUUGAUUAUUUCUGUGUAUUGUUGUUGUGAAGAUUUGUGUGAAGCUGAGAGUAGAGUAGCGUGCGGAUAAUAUAGUGUUUUUUUUUUUUAAAAAGCAGUGUGUGUGUGUGUGUGUGUGUGUGAAGUUGUCCAAUCAGAGUAAUUAUUAGAGUAAUUAGUAACACUAAUAGGUUAAUUAUAAGAAUGCACAUUAGUGUUGGUUUAGUUGUAGUGUAAAUAAGGAGCAGUUCAUGAUCAGACUAGGGAAUAUGACAGUUUAUGUAAGAUGAUAGAUACAGGGGUUUGUUUUCGGUUUAAACUUUUCACUCUGGGUAAAAAAAAAAAAACCCCAAAAACAUCAGUUUUCCGCAAAAUUAGCACGAAGAAUACAAGUAUGAAUGAAUCUAAUGCACUUUGAGAGGGAGAAUAGUGAUGAGAUCAUGUAAUGCAGUAGAGAGUGAGUGAGUAUAGUGUAUGUGUGUGUUUAUUUCUAGCAGAGCUGGUGCGUAAAGAGGCAUGGCGGACUCGGUGAAGACGUUCCAGGCGCAUCUGACCGCCGUGAUGGACAGCCUGGUGCGCGCGUCCGUGUGCGAGAUCACCAAGCUGUUCGAGGACACGGUGAACGACUACCUGGUGGAGAUCUCGCUCAACCGGAAGGAGAACGAGGCUUUGAAACUGCGCCUGAGACUCACCGAGAACAAGCUUAAGAACGAGCGGAAGUACGGGCUGGCCUGGGCGGCCAGUCGGCGCGCAGCCGGCCUGCUCGGUCCUGAUGAGACCGGCGCAGCAAAAAAGAGAAAGCUGGAGCCUAGUAAGCACAGGCACAAGUUCAUUACUACUAGAGGCAAGCAGGCCAAGGAGUGGAGCGGUGGCGUGUGGGAGGAGGGGGUUGGAGGAGCGAGGGAUGAGAGGAGGGACAAGAGGAGGGACGAGAGGAGGGACGUGGGCCGCACGCAUCCACCAACCACAGUGGAAGGAGAGGAGCAGGAGGAGGAGAGGAGACACGUCUCUGGGGAGAGAAAGGAGGUGGCCACUGUUAAGGAGGAGGAGGACGUGUACAGGUGCGAGUCAGUGAGGCUGCUGCAGGAGGCGCUUCAGAUGAGCCAGACUGAAAGCAACACAGCACACGAUUUGGAUCCUGUCUCUGCUGGUCCUGGAUCAGCUGUGGGUGAAGUGUGGGAGCAGCCCGAUCUGUCAGCCGGACCUACAAACAGUAGCGACGAGCUCAGCGGGCUAGAGACCGCCUUAAAGGUGGAGUGCGAGAGGGAGGAGGCAGGAUCCACCCUGACCGGCCCGUCCCAAGCUGCGGACAGAGCCGAAGGUGUGGAAUUCAUCGGCCUGGACGGUUUGUGCAGCUCUCAACAGGAACCUGCAUCCUCAACACGUGAAUCCAACUCUGCCGAGUUAGGCUCCGGGAGCCAGGGAGACGACGAGGGGGAGGAGUCAGGUCGAGAGGCAGAGGACUUCCUGCAUUUCUGCCCUCGAUGCGGCAGCGGCUUUAACGUUGCAGCCGACCUGGCUGAACACGUGUGCCCGCUGACCGAGGAACGUUUCCAGUGUUCAGCGUGCGGCCGGGCCUUCGGUCACGCCUGGAGCUUGAAGAGCCACGAAUGCGUACAAGCGGGUGAGCAGCCGCACCGCUGUGAACUCUGCGGGAAACGUUUCACACACUCGCGCUCCCUUGAGCGCCACCAGCUGGUACACACGGGCGAGCGUCCACACCGGUGCCCACAAUGCGGCCGCAGUUUCAGCCGCCUCGGCAACCUAGAGCGGCACCAGCGCAUCCACACGGGCGAGCGGCCAUACGAAUGCGGAGCUUGCGGCAAACGCUUCAGUCGCAUCGAGUACCUCAAACGGCACCAGCAGAUCCACAGCGGAGAGAGAGGAGAGAGGAACCAGACACUCAGCGACACGGAGCUGAAACAAAAUCAGUGCUUCUCCAGCGCCUGAUCAACUGCUUAAUACUUAAGACCUUAAGACCUAAUUCUCCAUCCAUCUUUAAAGACCAAUGAUCCAUAUUUCUAAAUGUCCUCAGUUCCUUGAAACUGUUUUCUCUUUUCCCCACACACACACCUCAUAGGGCUGCACUACUGCAUACGUAUAUCAUUUAUUACUCAUUAUUACAGGAUUAGCUUUUGUAGUACUGAAAUUUGAAAAGCCUAUGUAAUUUAAAUGAGCACAAAACUUUUUUUCUUUUUCUUUGUUUUUUAUUUUUUACACUCUGUGAACCUUCUGGCCAUCUCAGAGCUUCCAGAUGUUCAUGGAACAUGGAAUCUGUGGGUGUGUUUUCGGGAAAACCUGGCAUUAGUGCGAUCCUUACGCUAACCCUUAUAUUUGCUAAUUUGGUGCGUCAGUAUUUGAAUAUGAAUUAAUGCAAAAUUUUAAAUGUCACAUAUCACAGGCUCACCAAUUAUACAUUUUUAAAAAUAUAUGUACUGCGAGUCAUAUCGCAAUCAACACAUGUAGAACUAUAAUCAUCAUGUACUUUUUUUUUUUUUUUUUUUUUUGUACAUAUUGUACAGCCCUAACAUUCCAUCUCUUCCUAAACAUCCUAAAAACAGCAAGAUAGUAUAUCAGAUUAGACCACACGUCUAAGUGAAAGUAAGUGUGUAAAAAUGUUAUCCCGAUCCUUUAAAAAAAAAAAAAAAAAAAUCAUACGCAGUCCUCUGCAUCAAACGAGCUCAAAUUGUGUUGUGCAUUACACUCUGUGUGACUCAUAGAGUCUUGUACAUCUUCCUCAGCCAGAGCUAGAUUAAAGUCCAUAUUUCACCUGGCAGGAAACAUCAGGUUUAGAACCUAAUCACUGGAUCUUACACCACGUAUAGUUUGACACCUCACAUUAAGCCUUGUUUGAUUGGGAUUAGUGUCUCUGGGGAAGUUCGGGAAUGAUAAUUUUAUACGUCACCUCUGUGAUAAAACUCUCAUGUUUGUUCAUAGUAAAGAAAUUUCAGGAACGA